AUGGCUGACGCUCCUCCUCCCACCCCAUCGGAGCUCCUCCGUAUGGUGACUGAACUUCAACAAGCGAAUCAGCGCAUGGCCGAGGCUAAUGAGCAUAUGAGAAGCGAGAAUCAACGUAUGCAACAACAAAUCGAGCAGUUAAUCAACGCCCGCAUUGAGCAUGGUAACAAUCAUGACGCACGAAAUAAUGACGAGGAACAUCGCACACAUGUGUCGGAGACACCUCAGGACGAGGAAGGCGGCGGUCCGCACGACAGUGAAAAAAGAGCCGAAACAGAUAAAGACGAGCUUGACAAUUCCACAGGGCCAUUCACGGCAGACAUCAUGAAUUUCCAGUUGCCUAGGCAAUUUACUCUACCAACAACAUUGACUCCUUAUGAUGGAUUGGGAGACCCAAAGCAACACAUCAAGAAGUUCCGAUCAAUUAUGAUCGUUAAUGGUGCAUCUGAUCCUAUUCUCUGCCGUUGUUUUCCUUCUUUCUUAGAUGGUCCUGCACUUGACUGGUUUUGCUCUUUGCCUGCAGAUUCUAUUUCCCGAUUUCAAGAACUGGCAAAGCAAUUUGAGGACCAUUUUGCAGCAUCCGCUAUUUACCUACAUGACUCGGACUAUCUGACAACUGUUAAACAAGGCCCUCAAGAAAGCCUAAAGGACUACAUCACCCGUUUCACGAAGAUAGCAAUGAGGAUUCCCGAUCUCCAUCCUGAAGUCCACCUGCAUGCUAUUAAGAGUGGGCUCCGUCCAGGGAAAUUCCAGGAGGCUAUCGCGGUAGCUAAACCAAAAACCCUGGCCGAGUUCCGCGAAAAGGCUAAAGGACAAAUCGACAUCGAAGAACUCCGUCAAGCUCGGAAAACAGAAAAGUCGGCAGUCACCAAAGACGACGGGAAGCCUCGCGAAAACAGAAAAAGCUUCAAACCAGUACCUCGAUAUGAGUCAUAUACGCAGUUCAAUACCAAGCGGGACGACAUCAUCAAGGAGAUAUUAAAUUCUAAGCUGAUCAAACCUCCACGGAAAGCCGGGAGUUAUCCAGAGCCAAAAAACGUUGAUAAAUCCAAGUAUUAUUCAUUUCAUCAGAAAUUCGGUCAUACAACCGAUGAAUGUGUGAUCGCUAAAGAUCUCCUUGAGCGAUUGGCAAGACAGGGGCACCUCGAUAAAUUCAUUGCAGGUCACAUGCAAAAGAGAUCCACUUCUGCCGCGGAUCCGUCCUCGGUAGCAACUCCAUCAAAGGACAAAGAGAAAGUUCCUGCCCAACCCAGGGGCAUAAUCAAUUGCAUCUCUGGGGGCUAUGCCGGAGGAGGAUGCACAAGCUCUGCACGUAAACGCACAUACAGAGCAAUGCUCGCCCUGACGGAUACGGCCAAUAAUUCUCAGCCGACACAAAUGCCACCUGAGAUAACGUUCUCCCAGACCGAUUAUCAUGCUCAAGACACAAAUCUCGAUGAUCCUGUUGUCAUCUCUAUUCAGCUGGGCGAUUUAAUAGUUCGGAAAGUGCUGCUGGAUCCAGGCAGCAGUGCUGACGUUUUAUUCUUCACUACAUUUGAAAAAAUGAAAUUAAGUACUAACAUUUUGCAACCAUCUGUAGGGGACUUGGUCGGCUUCUCAGGAGAGCGGGUCCCGGUCAUGGGUUCAGUAUGGUUACAAACCACAUUGGGAGAACAGCCUGCAUCUAGAACACAAGACAUUCAAUAUUUGGUGGUCGACACUUUCAGUCCUUACAACCUUAUUUUAGGGCGACCCUUCUUAAACAGGUUUGCCGCAAUUGUAUCUACUGUUCAUCUCUGUAUCAAGUUUCCCCUGCAGGAUAAUACCGUGGCCAUAGUCCACGGCGACUUACAAGAUGCUCGGCACUGUUACAACACUAGCCUAAAACCCAUCAAAGGAAAUAAUGACAGACGUGUAAACUCCAUAGGCGCAGAGCAACCGAUGCUUACCGAACUAGAUCUCCGGGCCGACCUCCAAGAUCGCCCUCUACCCAAUGAAGAACUGGUUAAGCUCACUCUGACAGAUGAUCCAACCAAAUUUACAUUUAUCGGCGCAUCCAUCAAAGGCGAUGCGAAAAACAAGCUCAUCAACUUCCUACGACAGAACGCCGACCUAUUCGCCUGGACAUGA